CAGUAGAAUCACUAAAGUUGUAAUUGUCACAUAAAACAAUGCGUGCUGCUUUUAUUUUGGCCCUUGGCCUAGCGGUGGCCGUGGCCAGCACUUCGGCUAAAAGGAUUAUCGGAGGAUCUGUGACAUCGAUCGAUCGGUAUCCAUUUGCUGCCGCUAUGCUUCGUUCACCCUCGGGCACUGGAACGUUCUGGCAGGCUUGUGGUGCUUCUAUUUUAAAUAACAGAGCCGUUCUUACUGCUGCCCAUUGUUUCAACUUGCAUCCUUCAAAUAAUCAAUGGCGUAUUCGCGUUGGGUCCACCAAUGCCAACAGUGGUGGUGUAGUGUUUACCAGCAACAGAAUUAUCAACCACCCUAGUUAUAAUAGAGUCACCGCAGACUAUGAUGUCGCAGUCGUAAGAAUUAAUGGGGCAUUCUCUUUCAACAACAACGUGCGUGCGGGACGUAUCGCUGGCGCUAACUACCAUUUGGCCGAUAACCAGGUCGUGUGGGCCAUCGGAUGGGGACUAGUUAAUUUGAAUGGACCGGCUUCUGAACAGCUUCGUCACGUUCAAGUUUGGACUAUUAACCAGGAAAUCUGUAGGAGCCGUUACGCCAGGAUUGGACGCGUCGUCACUAAUAGCAUGUUGUGCUCUGGUUGGCUUGAUGUCGGCGGUCGCGACCAAUGCCAGGGCGACUCAGGCGGUCCCCUGCUACACAACGACGUUAUUGUCGGUGUUUGCUCUUGGGGAGAGCAAUGUGCUUUGCCUUUUUACCCCGGUGUUAAUGGUCGUGUAUCUCAGUUUUCUUCGUGGAUUGAAUUCAAUGCCUAAUUGUAUAAUUUGAAA